GAGAGCAGCAGAGGUGUGUUUGGGGCGAGCUCUGAUCACCUGGUGGGAGACUUCGGGAAGGGCACCGGCGGCGUGGCAGGGGGGGGGCACCGGGUCGUCACCGGGGGAGCGCUUUCCGAUCGGCAGGGGCAGUGUGGGUUUCCUCUGCGAAGAGCGACAGGACGGGAUCUGAACAGUGAAGCUCUGUCCUGCUACUGUGCCCCUCGCACACAGUCUCCAGUCAUAGCCGGGUAGGGGAUGAAAUACUGCACCCCGCGCGUUUGAUUUCACUGAUUUGCCAGAGCGAUAAGAAUGGGUAAAUCGGAAAGCCAAAUGGACAUAGUGGAGAAAUCAACCAAGCCCGCUAAGCGGCGAUGGAGCGUGACGGAGAUCGGAUUGUCCGUGCUUCUGCUGCUAGUGAGCUGCGCCUUAGCCGGACUCAUAGUGCUCUAUACGUCGGCUCUGAAAGAGCGAUCCAGCAGAAGCGGAACAACCAGGAAUGCCGGAGUCAUCGAGGAGCCCCCGUAUCGGUCUGACAGCAACGCUGUGUGCACGACAUCUGGGUGUGUCACUGCAGCUGCGCGGCUGCUCCAGAACAUGGACCCGGCUGUCGAGCCCUGCCAGAACUUCUACCAGUACGCCUGCGGAGGCUGGCUGGACCGGCACGUGAUCCCCGAGACCAGCUUCCGCUACAGCGUGUUCGACAUCCUGAGAGACGAGCUGGAGAUCAUCCUGAAGGGGGUUCUGGAGACCAAGAAUGAGCAGGACAGGGAAGCCUUCAGCAAAGCCAAGACCUUGUACAACUCCUGUAUGAACGAGAGUCUGAUUGAGCAGCGCGACUCUCAGCCACUGAUCGAGCUCAUCGACACCAUCGGCGGCUGGCCUGUGGCCUCGGACGACUGGAACGGCACCGCAGCGAAGGAGUGGAGUCUGGAGGAUGCUCUUGCCACCCUCAAUGCACGUUUCCACAAGAAGGUCCUGCUGGACAUGUUCGUUUGGACGGACGAUCGCGACUCUAGCCACCACAUCAUCUAUAUUGACCAGCCAGGGCUGGGAAUGCCUUCCAGGGACUAUUACUUCAACGAUGGAAACUACAAAAAGGUGCGAGACGCAUACCUACAGUUCAUGUUCUCCAUUGUGCUGAUGGCGCGUGAGGAUAGCAAUCUGACCGGGGACGUGCAUCGCGUCUGGGAAGAAGUGGUACAAGUGUUGCAGCUGGAAACCGACAUCGCCAACGCCACAUCUCCCGCAGAAGAGCGUCAGGAUGUCACGCUGCUCUACACCAAGAUGACCCUCAGUACCAUGCAGAACACCUUCUUCCUUAAUGGGUUCAACUGGACACAGUUUGUGAGAGGCGUGCUCUCCAGUGUGGCCAUCGAUGUCCACCCGCAUGAAGAAGUUGUUGUGUACGGUGGACCCUACCUCCAGAGGCUGGGAGAUGUGCUUGCCAAAUACAGCACCAGGACACUGCAGAACUACGUGACUUGGCAUCUGAUCACGGAUCGAGUCAGCAGUCUGAGCCGUCGGUUCAAGGAGGCCAGGUCUCAGUACAGGAAGGCGCUGUACGGGACUACCGUGGAGGAGGCCCGUUGGCGGGAUUGUGUCCGGUACGUGCAGAGCAGCAUGGAGAAUGCGGUGGGGGCUCUCUAUGUCCGGGAAACCUUCGCUGGGGAGAGCAAGCGCAUGGUGAGUGAUCUCAUUAGUAAGAUCCAGGAGGCCUAUGUGGAGACUCUAGAGGAGCUGAGCUGGAUGGACACCCCGUCUAAGGAGAAGGCCAAGGAGAAGGUGAUGGCCAUAAGGGAGCAGAUUGGCUACCCUGACCACAUCCUGGAGAAGGAGAACCUGAAACUGGACCUGGAAUAUGCACAUCUGAACUUCAGCGAGGAGUACUACUUUGAGAACAUCCUGCAGAACCUGCACGCCGGCGCCCAGAAGAGCCUGAGGAAGCUUCGGGAGCGAGUCGACCCCGACCUGUGGAUCAUUGGAGCUGCGGUUGUCAAUGCGUUCUAUUCUCCCAACAGGAACCAGAUAGUCUUCCCUGCGGGCAUCCUGCAGCCCCCCUUCUUCAGCAAACACCAGCUCCAGGCCCUCAACUUCGGGGGCAUCGGGAUGGUGAUCGGGCACGAGAUCACCCACGGCUUCGACGACAACGGGAGGAAUUUUGACAAAGACGGGAACAUGAACAACUGGUGGAGCCCGUAUUCUGCGGAGCACUUCAAAGACCAGUCCCAGUGCAUGGUGCGCCAGUACGGAAACUUCACCUGGAAGCUGGCGGGAGAGCAGAACGUUAGUGGCAUCAGCACUUUAGGGGAAAACAUCGCUGAUAACGGAGGCGUGCGCCAAGCGUACAAGGCGUACCUGAAGUGGGUGGAGAGAGAGGGGGAGGAGCUUCUUCUACCGGGACUGGACCUGAACCACAAACAGCUAUUCUUCCUCAACUUUGCCCAGGUGUGGUGUGGCUCAUAUCGACCUGAAUAUGCUAGCCAGUCCAUCAAGACUGACUCACACAGCCCCCUGGAGUACAGAGUAAUGGGCUCCCUACAAAACUUUGAUGAAUUUUCAGAGGCGUUCCACUGCAAGAAAGGUACCCCAAUGAACCCAAAGGUGAAGUGCCGCGUUUGGUAACUGGGCAAGGGGCCACUCCUAUCCACACUGGAGUUUAUAUCCUGAUUUGGACUUGGACUUGGCCCAUACCGUGUGUCCCAUCAACACAAUGCAAAGAUGGCCAACCCCAGUGCAUGCGGGAGAGAAAACAAAACAACACAGAAAACAAGCAAACAAAUACACUAAAACUGCUUAAUGUCAGUUCCCAAUUUAAGUGGAAAUACUGAUUACAGACAUUGUCGCUCCUUGAUGUAUAGUUUUGCUUGUUUUCAUAUGUUUUGAGUACAUUUUGUGGUAUUCACGCAAUCCACAUGCAUUGAAGAACACAGCAAAGGAGUAUAUUUACAAGUUGCUAAUGGAUCAAUGGCUUUGAUUGUAUUUUGAUUGUAUUUCCAUGCCCCAAAAACAAUUUUCUGUAUUUGAAAUGGCCUUUUGGGCUUCACCGAGAAGGAAGUUCUGACUCACUCAAAAAUGUUUAUGCCAACAAAUUACUGAGUUACGACAUGUUCAUGGCUUGGGAAUGGAUCAAAUAAGAAUUGAAACCACAUUCAGUAUUAUGGCACUAACCCACACCUCCACACAGUGCAGCAUCAUCAAGCAAGUGAGGCACUGCUACUAAGUGAAAACAUAUUACGACUUUAAGACUGUUGAAGUUAGCUUUAAUUCUAAGUGUUUUAUGUACAGUUUACAUGAUAAAAUAUAGGAUGGCAUCAAAUGCUGUCAUGAUUUUAAAAAAUGCCUUUUUAGAAGUAUGCCAAGAAACUAUAGUACUGUUAUAAAUGAUUAUAUAUUGUUACAAAUAAAAAUGUUUAUGUCAGAUAAUAUAAUAUAUAGGAAAUAUAUAUUUACUCAUUUAGCUGAAAUGCUAUUUUUUGAGUGUGGCUUGAAUUAUAAUACUGUUCAUAUGAAAUCACUCUUAUGGGGAAAUUUUAAAGUUGUUUUCCCUUUUUUGUUUCUAUCUUUUUCUCCAUGACAAUUUACAAUAUCUUUCUGAAGAUUUAUAUCAUGGAGAAAAGCAAGCUUGAUUACUUCUGUCUUUAAGCCUCGUUUAUUACUUGUCAUAUGUAUUUGUAAAUUGAGAUGAUUAACUGUUAAUGUCUAUUUGUAUAAUUAAUACGUAAACUCAGUUUGUGACUGAUUGCCAAGGGCUUGUUGACAUAGUGUUUCCUGAGACUCUGUUGGUUAAUGUUGACAGGUAAAUCACCCUUGUUUUCGGUGAGGUUCAAUGGCUUUCAUCCACACAGGGCUUUUUGUGUAUUUCUGUAUUACUGCUGUUUCUGAUAUUAUGUAUUUUUUACAUUACCUCUGUCUCCCUACCCAGCUGCCAGUCAGCCAACUUCGCUGAUACUUUCACAGUUUUUUCCUUGCCGAUACUUUCACAUGGAUCAUUAAUCAAUUCAGGCCCUCGGUAGAUAAGUUGCAGGGAAUUAUGCCUAUAUCCAAGCAAGAAAAAAACCUCCAAUUGGGUUUAUAGUCAUUAAUAUUACCUGUGAGAGCAGGGAAGACUUAAAUGGUAGCAUAGUAAGGACAAAGGAAUAGUCCUAUAUAUGGGUUUAACUAAUACAUAAUACAUAAAUGUACAGAGUUGUUGCCGUUAGCUGAAGUGUUUUGUGCUCAGUGGAUGGGACCUGCUCUGUAUUCGCACUGUCUCAGUUAACCUUGUGGCGGUCCACCCUCACACUGUUAGAGGCAGUCCACUGUUAUAUCCUACCAAGCUCCUCCACCGCAGUCCCACGAUCCACCCUCCCCCCUCCCCCUCCAUACACAACACUGCCUGUCAAUCCCCCAUCCAUACAUCUGCCUGUGUACGAAGAAAACAAAAAACAAUCGAGGCCCUCGCGCAACACAAAGGACUUGAGGGUUGUUGAACU